GCUGAAAUAUGUCUUUCAGCAAUAUUUGUCUUUAUUUAGCGAAUAAGUUAUUAGAUUUUUAAAAUUUAAAAUGAUAAUUAAAUAAUUAAAGUAUUGGAAGUUUUAAAGUUAACAUACUGGAUAAAGGACGCAUAUUGUAUUGUGUACGGGGAAGAAGAUAAAAUGAGUGAAGAAAAGGAAGAAGUGAAAAGGUUGCCAGCAAGCAGAUUUAAAAUGUUUGAGAAAACCGAUGCAGUUAUGGUUGCACCUGCGAGUCCAAAAGUCAAACCUAAAAAAGACAAUCAAAUCAAAACAACGACUUUGUCACCAACGAAGACGAGUAGCUUGCAGGUAUUAAAAGAAACUUCGUUACCGGAUAAUCCAAUUUUCCAUGCUCCUAUUGUAUUAGUAUCCACAGAAAAUGGUAAAACAACUUGCAAUGAAACAACAUUAUCCAGACUAAGAGAAAUUGAGCAGCCGUUGAACAUAGUUUCUGUUGUUGGCACGCUAAGAACUGGAAAAUCUUUUCUAUUGAACAAACUAGCAAGACACGGUGCAGUGAAUAGAGAAGCAUGCUUUGCGAUCGGACAUACCACAGAUCCUGUAACAAAAGGGAUAUGGGUUAUGUGUCGACCUCAUCCAACCAAAGAAAAUCAAGUUCUUGUCUUACUGGAUACAGAGGGGAUAGAUGACCCAGACAAGAUUGAAGUAGAAGACGACAAAAAUGUGUUCAUACUCGCCACGCUUUUGUCUAACACAUUAGUAUACAACACGAAAGGAAAUUUGGAUAGAACUACCAUUGAUAAAUUCAAAUUUUUGAACAAAAUCAAGACAUCAAUUGAAGUAAAUGGCUCCGAAGAAGACGAUUCAAUUCUUGAUUUCUUUUUUCCAAAUUUUGUACUAACCUUAAGAGACAUUACUCUUGACAUUGAAUCUGAAGGUGGCGAUGCAUUUCUGGAGAAAAACUUGAAUAUGAAAAGAGAUGCUACUGAAGAAGCACUGAAAGAGUACAACCUUCCAAGGAUGCUUAUAAGGCGAUACUUCAAGAAAAGGAAAUGCUUCUUGUUCAGAAAACCGGUAAAAUAUGCCCUACUUAAGGACCUGCUGAAUGUAGAUGAGUCACAAUUCAAAAAAGAGUUCCUUCAAACGCUCGUAGGGUUCCGAAGUUACAUAUUUUCAUGCCAACCAAAAUCACUUAAGUCUGGAAAAGCAAUGAAUGGGAGAAUGUUUUGCUCCCUUGUGCUAAAAUAUGUUCAGUCUAUACGGGCUGGAGAAUCCCCGUGUCUGACAAGUGCAAUGGUGUCAAUGGUAGCUUCAGAAAACACCUAUGUAGUGGAAAAGGCCUCAGAAGAAUAUAGAGCCGAAAUGAAGAAGCGUAUAGGCUCUCAUACACCGAGUGAAAAAGGUCUUUUAAACUACCAUAAGGACAGCAUGCGCGCAGCUCUUGAGGUGUUGAAAGCUGGACUCAUCAUUGACGACGAGCAAAUAUAUGAAGAAAAGGCAAUGACUUGCUUCAAAGAACAAUUUGAAAACUUCAAAGAAAUUGUGAAGAAGGAUGUCGAAGCAAAAUGCUGGCAAAUACUUGGACGGCUUGAUAUGAUGAAAAUUCAAAUGAAGAUAAAGAAUCGAAAGUAUUGCACACCGACAGGCUACGAUGAGUACAUGAAAGAUCUAGACACACUGAUAAAACAAUACAACAUAGACGCUGGAUACAUGGGUUCUGUUGCUUUGUUAGCUUUGCAAGAAUUUCUCGCUAAGAAGACAUCAGAAGAGGAAGCAGUGUUUUGUAUGGUUCAAGAAGCACUUGGUGGCAAAGAAGGACCGGAAAGAAAAAAUAUGAAACGCCUGAGCGUGUUCAGAGAAAAAGAUGCAGACAUUAUGAAAGAAGAGGAAGAGGUUGAAGAAGCAAUCCGAGCAGAUAUUGAAAUGCUGCAAAGGAAUAGUCUUGCGAAUAUCGGAGAUCAAUAUCUUGACAUGCUUACAUCAAAAAUAGAAGAAAUAGAUAGAGUAAAGAACGAGCUUACUUGUGAUGAUUCAUAUUAUAAAAAAUUAUGUAAAGAAACCGACCACUGGAAAAAUGUAUAUGAGAACGCGACAUUCAGAUUGUCCCACUAUAAGAGGCAGCUAAAACCCGUUGCUGGACAACAGAGUACGGAUAUGCAAGCCACUGUUUAUGAAGAGUCUAUGAAUGAUGUGAUAGGCCCUCUUUGGAAAAAAGCUGUCGAGAGAAGUGAUUCAAAAUUUUAUGUUGACCUGUCACUUGGAGAAGCAAAAGGUGAACGAAUACCGCCAGAUGGAAAUGAAGCAUUUCGAACAUAUAGCGACACACCUCGCAAUAUCGUUCCGAAAAUAAGAGAUAAAUGUAACAUUUCUUAAGACGAAAAUUGUGUUGCUUUAGUUUUAGAAUUAUUAUUGACUAUAGACGAAAAUGACAUUCAAUGUCAAAUAACGCACUGUAAAUAAUAAUACAUUGUACAUUUUUUAUUUUAUAUAGAUUCAAACCUAUCAGUUGAUUUGGUUCAGAUGCUUCACGACAUGAAAUUCUCUUCUUUAUUUUAUCUAGCCAAAUGAAGCUUACGUAGAUAAAUGCUAUAGUUUUGUAAUAUAAUUUUAGUUGAUUUAUAUUUUAGUGUCACUUAUUUGGAAAAUCUAUAUCUUUAUUUACUUGACAUAAUUUAUAAGUUUCUUGGGAUUAGCAUUUUUAGCGAGGCCUGUUAAAGAACGACAAAUUUCGUUAUUUCUUUUGAAACUAAGGGCUCUGUGACAUGAAUAAUCUGUACAUUUUCGUUGAUAUAUAUUUUUUUGGUAUAUUUUAAGGCAGAAACUAUUUGCUGAUUGUAGUUAUAAAAAUUAAAAUUGUUGUAAGAUAAAAGGCGAGCGACAUGCAUUACCUUUCAUUGCACAGUCAGGUUUCUUUGUUGUACAUAGACAUGUUGGAAUUGUUCGCUAAAAUUGUAUCGCUAAUAGAUUACUGUAAUUAAGCCAUUUUAAUUAAAUUUCAAUAAUUUUG